UCCCAUCCAACCGCCCCCACCCUCCCCCGGCUGCCCGUUUCCGCUCUCCACCCCGCGACCGUGUGCGGCUUCCAACCGCCCAACGGUGGUGCGCACGGGGGCGUUUCUUUCGCACGGGCAAGCCUCCCCGGGGGCCCCCCACCCCGCUGGGUCGUUCAUUACCGCCCCUCUCCCCUUAUCCCCCACCACGCCCCCAAGCAGGCCUUUCUCCCCCCAGCCCCCCGUCUCCCUGCCCUUAGUACCGCCGCGCUCUGCCCGCGCGUCACCCUCGCCCACUUCAUACCACCUCCCCCUUCUCCCCCCCCCCGGCUUCCCCCUAUCAUCACCCGCAUGUUCCCCCACUCCCCUGUCCACAACGUCCCUCCUCCACCCCCCCUCCUGCCUUCCCCACUCCCACUCUGUCCCCCACACCUCUACGAGCCGUACCUCCCCCUCCAGCCUCCCUUUUCCCCCCCAGCUAUUUCCGCAUCCAGCCCACCUACCCCAGCCUCCCUCUACCUCUCCCUAACUCCACGCUGCCGUUCCUACCCCCAGCCAGGGUCUACACCCCUUGUUUUUGCUCCCUGUGCUGUGCCGUCCCCAACCUCCGUCCGCCUUUCCGCGGCACCAGACCGCCCUCUCCCUCCCCCAGCCAACCUCUGCACCCCCUGUUCCUGCCCCUUGUGCCUUCCAACACCCUACCCCAACCCCCCCCAGUCUCCCCCUUCUCCAACACCCUCCAUAUUUCCUCCCCCCUGGGGCUCGCCCAUCCGCAGCGCCUCCUUUCGAUUACUUGUGAAAACACUUAAUCCUACUAGCACCCCCAAGCACAUAGAAGCGGGAGGGGGCAGAGCCAGGGGGGAACUUGCAGCUAACACUGCACGGGAAGGGGUAAGUGAAUGUGUGUGCGAAGGAGCAGCAGAGGCUGCAGAGGAUGGGGCAGCAAAGGCUGCACGGGAAGGGGCAAUGGGGGGUGUGGGGGAAGGGGCAGCAGAGGUUGCAGAGGAAAGGGCAGCAGAGGCUGCAAGGGAAGGGGCAGCAGCGGCUGCACGGGAAAGGGCGGCAGAGGCUGCACGGGAAGGGGCAGCAGGGACCGUGACUCUGGCCAGGCAAAGGGCAGAGGCCAUGGAGACAGGUUUUGCAGGAGUAGGGGCCACGGAACCUGCAGCUGUGUCGGCUGGGGGAACCGCAGCAGAGGAGGCUAUAGGGACCGCACCAGGCGAGGCCGCACAGACCACAGCAGGUGUGGCUGCAGGGAUCACAACGGGUGAGGCUGCAGGAGGGACCAUGGCAGGUGAAGCCGCAGAGAGCGCAGUAGGUGAGGCUGCAGGGAGCGCAGCAGGUGAGGCUGUAGGGAGCGCAGCAGGGGAGGCUGCAGAGAGCGCAGCAGGUGAGGCCGCAGGGAGCGCAGCAGGCGAGGCUGCAGGGAGCGCAGUAGGCGAGGCUGCGGGGAGCGCAGCAGGCGGGGCUGCAGGGGCCGCAGCAGGUGAGGCUGCGGCGGACGCAGCAGGGGGAGGUGCUACGGGUGCAGCGGGGAAGGGGGUAACGGGGACUGGUGCGAGGGAGAGUGCUGCCUCGGUUGUAGCAAGAGAGGGUACGGCAGGGGCUAGAGUGGGAGAAGGGACUGCAGUGGCCUCAAAGGCAGAAGGUGAGGCUGCAGCUGAAGCAGCAGGGAGGGCCAUAGCACGGCCAGUAGGGGCGGCAGGGGCCGCAGCAAACGCGGGGAAACACACAACAGGGCCGGCAGAGACCGCAAAAGGGGCUAGCAGUAAAGCGGCAGCAGGCGGGGUGGGCUCGGGGGACAUAGGGGCAACAGGGGAAGGAGAGGUGAGUGUGGUCCCGACCGGGGUGGGCACGGAAGAGGGGGAUGUGAUAGCGAUAGAGAAGGAUGAGGGAGAGGAUGUGAUGCACAUUGACGGGCCACUGGCCCAAUACCUCACGCCUGACGGUGAGGCCGACCCGGCCCCCCUGCAGCCUCACGUCGAGGUUCCCCCUCUACCCCCCAUGCCCGUCCACAUGCUAGCAGAAGGACCGAUGGAGGGGCUGGGGGAGACCUUGAGGACAGAGCCGCACGAGGGAGCCCCCAUCCUCACCUCCCGUCCUCCAGCCCACCCACCCCCAGGAGCACCAUUUCCCCACCCCCACCCUCAGGUCCCGGUAGUAUCCAGGGGGGCAGCCAAGGCCCUGGCCUUCUUGGCGGAGCCGUGCUCCCCGACCCCCACGUUGCUCCAUGGCCAGCCCCCCUCUCCGUCCCCAACCCCUGACCCCACGGUUGCAGGCGGUCCACCGGGAGAGCACGCGGGUGCGACAAGAGCAGAGUCACCCGAGGGCACCCCUUCUCUCACCUCUCACCCCUCCCCGCCCCUUCCCUCACUCCUCCCCUCACCCCCAAGGGCAGCACACCUCUGCCCCCACCCUCAGGGGCUCCUUAGAGCACCACGUGGAGCAGCCAGGGCUCUGGCCUUCCUAGAGGAGCCAUGCUCCCCGACCCCUACCAACACCCAGCCACCCCCUACCGGCCCACUACCCCCCCCUCCACCAGGCCCCCCCCCACCCGGUAGUACACACAUCUCGGAGGUUGAAGCAUCUCUGCGGCCAAAUCCCUCUCCCACACGCUACAGGCACCCAAACCACCCGAGUCGCCGCACAGCCCCAACACGCCCACCCAACAGGCUGCCCCCCUCACACCACCCCCCCCAGGCAGCCGAGACCCACCCGCAAGGGCUUGCGCCCCAGGCUCAUGGGAGCGGCGGCACCCGGGUAGAGGGGCCCACAGGAGAGGCCACCACAGAGCCCACACAAACCCCUCUCCCCCCACCGUUUGUACCUCGCUCUAACCUCCACACUGGCCCAGCCCCUCGACCCCCACCUUCAACCCCCCCUCCCGGCCGGGUUCCCCACGAGUGGCCCCGUUGGGCAGCCAUCACCCCCCACACACAGCCUGCCCGAUCUGUCCCCACGGAGGGGGAUGUCUCGAGGAGAGAGGGGAUGCACACAGAGCACCCCCCGCCCGGCGAACCACCCAUCCUCCCUCCAACCACCCCUUUGGCCCCACAGCCCCCCCUUCCUUCACAAACAGGCGCGGACAACCGGGUUGGCCGCCGGCGGAAGAACAGGGGCAGAGGAGGCAGAGGGUCAGCCCACGUACUCCCCCCUCCCUCCCUCCCCCACCAAGAGCCCCUCCCCACCCCGCAUCCUGUUGAACCCUUACCAGGCCCUACCGCUACAGCCCGACCACCAAACCCACACUCCCGCCCCGCUCCUACACCUCCACAGGGCCAUGGGAGCGGACCAGCCCACUCUCCCCCAUUCUGCCCCUCCCUUGCUGUGUCCCCCUCCCAGGUGGCGGCGGCCGCGAUCGCUACGGGGAUGGAGGCCGUCGGGUUGAGGGAUGCGCCCAUGGAAGACGCCACCGACUCCCCCUCCCAUCCCUCCCACCCCUUCCAUGUCGACGACCCCCUACCGCAACCCAUGGUGAUUGGGGAGGGCCAAGGGGGCCUUCUAGGGCAGGGUCCACACCCGAGCUCCGCUCAGCCAGCAAGCCCCACUCCACCCUCUACCCUGCCAGCCCUCCUACUCUCACCUACAGGCAGGCAGGUUUUCGAGACCCCAGAGGAGGUGAGGGCUGGCAUUUCAGAUUUGCUGGCGAUACACCGCCCGAGCAGCUCUCCGGCUGCCCCCACCCUCCCAGUCCCACAGGACCGGACCCGGACGUAUGCGGAGGUCACCCGGUCUGUCCCUUCUUUUAUCCCCCCCGCCACUCAGCCAGGCGCGUCACUCCCGACCCCAAUGGAGGCGGACCAGGUUCAGAGGCCGUGUCACGCGCACCUAGAUGGGGUGGCGCCUCCCCCCGUUCAGCCCGUGGCGCAGGAGGUCACCAGCAGUAGGGAUGAGGCAUCCGCCCCUACCGAGACCCCUCCGCCUGGGGUAGCAGAGCCGUCACUUGAACCGCACCUCGCCGAGGGGCAGGAGCACACCACGGCACACACUUCAGGCUCACCCCCACGUCCCCCCUCCCCAGCUUCGACACCGGUUCCGGCACGAGGCCCGGCCCUAUCCUGUGCGACACCACCUCUAUCUUCGCUGACACCCCCCAUGCACGGGGUUGGUGAGUCGUCGCCUCCCCUCAUCCCAGGCGAUCCUCUCGGAGCUCAGGCCGCCCACGGGGUCCCCUCUACAGCCAGUUCCGACGCCACGGCCCCGAUUGACCCCGCCGACACGGCGACAUCACCCGACCAGGUCGUGAGUUGCCCCACCUGCAGGAGCUCUCUCGCGAACCGACGCGCGCUCCAGCACCACUUUCCCUUCUGCCAUCCUGCGGACGCGGCUCGCAGGGCGCAGGCUGCCCAUGACACCGCCUCGAUCAUCCCUUCCCUCUCACAGCCCCGUGCGACCGGGAUACAGUUCACCGACGCACAGUGGCAGACGCUCGACUCGGUGGACAAGACAGAGUACUUCUCGCCCGAGCGUAUCCAUGCACGCCCUCUCCGACGUGUCCCGGAGAGGGUCCGCGGAGGAUAUCUCGACGUCCUCAGUGCGAUCCUAGUCCGCAUUGCCCAGGACCCGGAGGCUGCUGGCCCUACCUUCCUCCUCGCCGCAGCGCCGACUCUUUUCCUUGUUCCAGCGACGCCACCCGACCGCUCGCACACGGCUGCCAUUGCAACGCGCAUCUCCCGCUUUGGUCGAGGUGAGUGGGCUGAGCUAUUCUCAGAUGCACUAGGCCGUCGCACACCCCUUCCUCGGCGCACAGGUCACCGGUCACGCACCGCCACCGAUCCCUCUACAGCAGAUGAGCGCCGCAUCGCACGUUGCCUACGUCUGGCAGCGUGCAAUGAGACCUCACGGGCGUGCGCGGCUCUCGAGUCCGCGGAGGCAGCCCCAGAUACACAGGGGACGAUACAGCGCCUGCAGUCGAAGCACCCCAACGCGGAGAGGCCGACCCCAGCUUGGCAGUCUGGCUUCCAGGGGUCCCCUCUCGUGCUCUCGCGUCUUGCUUUGGAGCCGGUUCUGGUGGAGGGGGAUGUCCAGCUCUGGUCGUACGCCGAUGACACGUACGUGCUAGGUCCCCCAGACAGGGUGCUGCACCACUUUGCCGAGAUCGUGAGGCGCUUGGGCGAGAUGGGCCUUGCAGCCCAGCCGCACAAGUGCCUCGUCUACCAGACAGAGUCCUUUCUGUCCAGGGAUCUGGAGGCCUUCACGGGCCUAGGGAUCGAGGUCGCACGCCGAGGGCUCACCGUGACAGGCGUACCGGUAGGCACCGUUUCGUUCGUGGAGCAGAGUCUCCCGGAUCGUCUCGAGAGGAUGGGGCGGGUGCUACCUUGGCUUCCGAGGUUGCGCCAGCCCCAGACAGCUGCCCGCCUUCUGUCGGCGUGUGUCAGCACUCGUCCGCAGUACCUGUCGAGGACCGUCCCUCCUUCCCCCGCAGUGAUCUCUAGUUUUACACGGUGGGACGCACGCCUGGGAGAGACAUUUCAGCAGCUUUUAGCUUCAGGGACCUGGGCUUGUCGCGAGGACGUCCGAGAGGCCGCCCUAGACCAGAUCUUCCUCCCCAUCCGUCUCGGGGGUUUCGGCAUUCGUCGCAUGGCACGCAUUGCCCCGGUGAGUUUCGUGUGCUCCUGGGUGCAGUGUGCUCCCAUUCUCUGUUCUCUCCCUGCGUGUGGCGAGGCGUUUCGGCAGAGCUUCGCUUCAGGUGAGCCAGGGCAGAUCGACCGGGCUCUGCAGACGGCGCUAGAGGGUCUCCCACCUGACGUUCUCUCUCUCCUUCCCCCCUGGCCCUCUUGCGCUUCUGCCUCCCCCGAUUCCCUUUUUGCAGGAGCGAGCCGUCUUCUGGAGGCGCAUGCCUUGGAGGCCGUGCGUGCCCGUCACGCCUCUCCCUUGCACCUUGCCCGUUUGACUUCCCUUCAGGGCGCAGGUGCAGGGGCGUGGUUGACGUCGGUGCCGUACGCUGACCCACUGCGCAUCCCGGAGGCGCUGUGGCAGGCGGCUUCAUCUUCUCGUCUUGGUCUCCCUAUCCCCCAGUUAGCCCUUGCAGGUCAGUGCUCCUGCGGACAGGCGAUUGACGACAUGACGGUGCCUCAUCACGCGGUUCGGUGCCCGCGCUACGGGGUCGCCACUACCAUCCACGACACGGUGAAGUACAUGCUUCGAGACUUUGCGGUCGAGGCGGGCUUCGCAGUAAAGGUGGAGGACUCUACGCUGUUCACACAGUUGGAGGCGGCUCGAGCGAGACUACUGGGACAGCCAGUGGUGGGAGAGGGGACGCGGGCUGAGGGACCGGGGGAGCAGAGAGGCGAGGCGGGAUCGCCGGGUGGCGGGGGACAGUGGGGACAGCACCAGCUGCGGGGUCAGGUGGAGCGAGGGAUAGGGGGGCAGAGGGGUCGGCAGGGGGAGCAGACGGGCCAGGACGGAGAGGGGAGACGGCACAGGCAGCAGCAGGAGAGCCAGGGGAGGCCGCGGGCCCAGGGCGCCGCGCCUCCAGGUUCGGCCUCGGGGGUGGGGCAGGGGCGGGAGCAGCAGAGAGCGGACGGAGGUACAGGAGGGGCAGCGGGAUUGGGAGGGGAGGGCCAGGGAGUGAGAGAGGCAGCAGGGGAUGGAGCAGGGGGGUCGGGAGGGUUGGGGGAGGGUAGAGAGGGGGAGGGGAGAGGACAGGUGGAUGGAGGAGAGGAGAGGGGGAGAGAGACGAUUGGAGAGGAGGCACCAAGGGACCAGACAAGGCAGCAGCCAGCGCAACAGCAGGGACCAGUCGGACGCACAGGCCGUCGCGAGGGGAACGUGCAGCUGAGACGGGCGACCCCCACACAGAUUGGAGUGGCAGCAGCUAGACGGGUGCAGGAGAAGCUGAGGCACUGGGGGCCGCACUUAGAGGGGCUGCAGCCGGCACCACACUUUUACGCGUGCGUGGCGGAGACCUUUGGCCUUUUGAGUGAGCCGCUGCGUCAGUUUCUGGGGCUCUGCGCAAAGAGGAUAGCACAGCGGAGGAGGGAUAGAGGUGGGGGGGAUGACGGAUCGGCACGGAUAUUUGAGGCAGGACUCACUACACGCCUCUCCGUUGCACUGCAGCGCGCGCAGGCUCAAUGCAUGAUCCAGCAUGCGGUGCGGCAGUUAGGGGGAUCCGACGACGGGUGGAUGCCUGCACCAGUCCCACUGGUCACACCCCCUGCCCCCUCAUGCCAUCCGCUCCCCCCCGCCCCUACCCUCCGCGUGCCCGCUCCCUUGCCGCCUCUUUUGACCCUCCCUGCCCCCCCUCGCCGUUUCCCACCGCCCGCCAUUCGCUCCUCCCCGCCCGUGCGCUCCCCUCCUUUACCUUCUCCUCCCCCCCUCCCCUCCUCUGCUGCACGCCUCUUCCUUCCCCUCGCCGACCCACUCCACUCCCUGCCCCUCCUCAAUCCGCACCCUGCCCCUCGUAUCUCGCCCCCCUAUGCUUGGUUUCUCCCCUCCCUGCCCCUCGCCGCCUUUCCCCGCUCCCCACCUCCCCCCUCUCCCUGCCCCCCCACUCUCCCCCCCCUUGUCCUUGGCUUCCUACCUCCCUGCCUCACCUUUCCCCCCUCCGUGUGCUCAGCUUCUCCCCUCCCUGCCCCUCCCUCCUCCCCGCCCUGCCCCUCAUUUUCCGCCCCCCCCCACGCCCGGUUUCUCCCCUCCCCGCGCCUCCCUUUCUUUCUCCGUGCCUCUCCUUUGCUCCCUCCCUGCCCCCGCCUGCCCAUGCCCCUGUCUUUGGCUUCUCCCCUCCCUGCCCCACGUUUCUUCCCUCCCUGCCCCCCGUCUGCCCCUCCCUUGUUUUCCCCUCACCCAUUGCUUCUCUCCUCCCUGCCCUUGAUUUCCCACACCCCUGCCCUCGUUUCCUAUCAUCCAUGCCCCUCGUUUCCCCCCUUUGUACGUUCAGCCUCUUCCCUCCCUGCCCCUCCCUUCCUCCCCCCCUGCCCUUUGCUCUCCCCUCGUUACGCUCCCUUCUCCCCAUCCCUGCUGCCCUCUUACCACCAUCAGCCCAUCCCCACGACCAGCCCCCCUCCCACCCUUCAAUCCCCCCCUCCCUCUCUCUCUCUCUCUCUCUCUCUCUCUCUCUCUCUCUCUCUCUCUCUCUUUCUCACACACACACACACGCACACUCCCCUCCCCCACCCCCCCACGUACAUCCUCCCAUUCUGCCCCUCCCUGCCCCUUUCCCACCCCCUCGCACGCCCCUCACCUCCCACCUCCGUGCAACUGGUUUCCCCCCUAUGGUGCCACCCUUGCAUCGCUCGCCCCUCUGCUCACCCUCUGCCCGCCCCUUUUCCGUGCCCUCAGUUGGCCCAGCCCCUGCCCGUUGCUGCCCCUCCCCUUGCCCCCUCAACUCCCCUGCCCCCCGUACACCCCAAGUCCCAUCCAACCGCCCCCACCCUCCCCCGGCUGCCCGUUUCCGCUCUCCACCCCCGCGACCGAGCAGCAGAGGCUGCAGAGGAUGGGGCAGCAAAGGCUGCACAAGAAGGGGCAAUGGGGGGUGUGGGGGAAGGGGCAGCAGAGGUUGCAGAGGAAAGGGCAGCAGAGGCUGCAAGGGAAGGGGCAGCAGCGGCUGCACGGGAAAGGGCGGCAGAGGCUGCACGGGAAGGGGCGGCAGGGACCGUGACUCUGGCCAGGCAAAGGGCAGAGGCCAUGGAGACAGGGGGAGGUGCUACGGGUGCAGCGGGGAAGGGGGUAACGGGGACUGGUGUGAGGGAGAGUGCUGCCUCGGUUGUAGCAAGAGAGGGUACGGCAGGGGCUAGAGUGGGAGAAGGGACAGCAGUGGCCUCAAAGGCAGAAGGUGAGGCUGCAGCUGAAGCAGCAGGGAGGGCCAUAGCACGGCCAGUAGGGGCGGCAGGGGCCGCAGCAAAUGCGAGGAAACACACAGCAGGGCCGGCAGAGACCGCAAAAGGGGCUAGCAGUAAAGCGGCAGCAGGCGGGGUGGGCUCGGGGGACAUAGGGGCAACAGGGGAAGGAGAGGUGAGUGUGGUCCCGACCGGGGUCCCGGUAGUAUCCAGGGGGGCAGCCAAGGCCCUGGGCUUCUUGGCGGAGCCGUGCUCCCCGACCCCCACGUUGCUCCAUGGCCAGCCCCCCUCUCCGUCCCCAACCCCUGACCCCACGGUUGCAGGCGGCCCACCGGGAGAGCACGCGGGGGCUCCUUUGAGCACCACGUGGAGCAGCCAGGGCUCUGGCCUUCCUAGAGGAGCCAUGCUCCCCGACCCCUACCAACACCCAGCCACCCCCUACCGGCCCACUACCCCCCCCUCCACCAGGCCCCCCCCCACCCGCCCCUCGACCCCCACCUUCAACCCCCCCUCCCGGCCGGGUUCCCCACGAGUGGCCCCGUUGGGCAGCCAUCACCCCCCACACACAGCCUGCCCGAUCUGUCCCCACGGAGGGGGAUGUCUCGAGGAGAGAGGGGAUGCACACAGAGCACCCCCCGCCCGGCGAACCACCCAUCCUCCCUCCAACCACCCCUUUGGCCCCACAGCCCCCCCUUCCUUCACAAACAGGCGCGGACAACCGGGUUGGCCGCCGGCGGAAGAACAGGGGCAGAGGAGGCAGAGGGUCAGCCCACCCCGACCACCAAACCCACACUCCCGCCCCGCUCCUACACCUCCACAGGGCCAUGGGAGCGGACCAGCCCACUCUCCCCCAUUCUGCCCCUCCCUUGCUGUGUCCCCCUCCCAGGUGGCGGCGGCCGCGAUCGCUACGGGGAUGGAGGCCGUCGGGUUGAGGGAUGCGCCCAUGGAAGACGCCACCGACUCCCCCUCCUAUCCCUCCCACCCCUUCCAUGUCGACGACCCCCUACCGCAACCCAUGGUGAUUGGGGAGGGCCAAGGGGGCCUUCUAGGGCAGGGUCCACACCCGAGCUCCGCUCAGCCAGCAAGCCCCACCCCACCCUCUACCCUGCCAGCCCUCCUACUCUCACCUACAGGCAGGCAGGUCUUCGAGACCCCAGAGGAGGUGAGGGCUGGCAUUUCAGAUUUGCUGGCGAUACACCGCCCGAGCAGCUCUCCGGCUGCCCCCACCCUUCCAGUCCCACAGGACCGGACCCGGACGUAUGCGGAGGUCACCCGGUCUGUCCCUUCUUUUCUCCCCCCCGCCACUCAGCCAGGCGCGUCACUCCCGACCCCAAUGGAGACGGACCAGGUUCUGAGGCCGUGUCACGCGCACCUAGAUGGGGUGGCGCCUCCCCCCGUUCAGCCCGUGGCGCAGGAGGUCACCAGCAGUAGGGAUGAGGCAUCCGCCCCUACCGAGACCCCUCCGCCUGGGGUAGCAGAGCCGUCACUUGAACCGCACCCCGCCGAGGGGCAGGAGCACACCACGGCACACACUUCAGGCUCACCUCCACGUCCCCCCUCCCCAGCUUCGACACCGUCGUCUCCUCCCCUCAUCCCAGGCGAUCCUCUCGGAGCUCAGGCCGCCCACGGGGUCCCCUCUACAGCCAGUUCCGACGCCACGGCCCCGAUUGACCCCGCCGACACGGCGACAUCACCCGACCAGGUCGUGAGUUGCCCCACCUGCAGGAGCUCUCUCGCGAACCGACGCGCGCUCCAGCACCACAUUCCCUUCUGCCAUCCUGCGGACGCGGCUCGCAGGGCGCAGGCUGCCCAGGACACCGCCUCGAUCAUCCCUUCCCUCUCACAGCCCCGUGCGACCGGGAUACAGUUCACCGACGCACAGUGGCAGACGCUCGACUCGGUGGACUGGACAGAGUACUUCUCGCCCGAGCGUAUCCAUGCACGCCCUCUCCGACGUGUCCCGGAGAGGGUCCGCGGAGGAUAUCUCGACGUCCUCAGUGCGAUCCUAGUCCGCAUUGCCCAGGACCCGGAGGCUGCUGGCCCUACCUUCCUCCUCGCUGCAGUGCCGACCCUUUUCCUUGUUCCAGCGACGCCACCCGACCGCUCGCACACGGCUGCCAUUGCAACGCGCAUCUCCCGCUUUGGUCGAGGUGAGUGGGCUGAGCUAGUCUCAGAUGCACUAGGCCGUCGCACACCCCUUCCUCGGCGCACAGGUCACCGGUCACGCACCGCCACCGAUCCCUCUACAGCAGAUGAGCGCCGCAUUGCACGUUGCCUCCGUCUGGCAGCGUGCAAUGAGACCUCACGGGCGUGCGCGGCUCUCGAGUCCGCGGAGGCAGCCCCAGAUACACAGGGGACGAUACAGCGCCUGCAGUCGAAGCACCCCAACGCGGAGAGGCCGACCCCAGCUUGGCAGUCUGGCUUCCAGGGGUCCCCUCUCGUGCUCUCGCGUCUUGCUUUGGAGCCGGUUCUGGUGGAGGGGGAUGUCCAGCUCUGGUCGUACGCCGAUGACACGUACGUGCUAGGUCCCCCAGACAGGGUGCUGCACCACUUUGCCGAGAUCGUGAGGCGCUUGGGCGAGAUGGGCCUUGCAGCCCAGCCGCACAAGUGCCUCGUCUACCAGACAGAGUCCUUUCUGUCCAGGGAUCUGGAGGCCUUCACGGGCCUAGGGAUCGAGGUCGCACGCCGAGGGCUCACCGUGACAGGCGUACCGGUAGGCACCGUUUCGUUCGUGGAGCAGAGUCUCCCGGAUCGUCUCGAGAGGAUGGGGCGGGUGCUACCUUGGCUUCCGAGGUUGCGCCAGCCCCAGACAGCUGCCCGCCUUCUGUCGGCGUGUGUCAGCACUCGUCCGCAGUACCUGUCGAGGACCGUCCCUCCUUCGCUCGCAGUGAUCUCUAGUUUUACACGGUGGAACGCACGCCUGGGAGAGACAUUUCAGCAGCUUUUAGCUUCAGGGACCUGGGCUUGUCGCGAGGACGUCCGAGAGGCCGCCCUAGACCAGAUCUUCCUCCCCAUUCCGUCUCGGGGGUUUCGGCAUUCGUCGCAUGGCACGCAUUGCCCCGGUGAGCCAGAGCAGAUCGACCGGGCUCUGCAGACGGCGCUAGAGGGUCUCCCACCUGACGUUCUCUCUCUCCUUCCCCCCUGGCCCUCCUGCGCUUCUGCCUCCCCCGAUUCCCUUUUUGCAGGAGCGAGCCGUCUUCUGGAGGCGCAGGCCUUGGAGGCCGUGCGUGCCCGUCACGCCUCUCCCUUGCACCUUGCCCGUUUGACUUCCCUUCAGGGAGGAGGUGCAGGGGCGUGGUUGACGUCGGUGCCGUACGCUGACCCACUGCGCAUCCCGGAGGCGCUGUGGCAGGCGGCUUCAUCUUCUCGUCUUGGUCUCCCGAUCCCCCAGUUAGCCCUUGCAGGUCAGUGCUCCUGUGGACAGGCGAUUGACGACAUGACGGUGCCCCAUCACGCGGUUCGGUGCCCGCGCUACGGGGUCGCCACUACCAUCCACGACACGGUGAAGUACAUGCUUCGAGACUUUGCGGUCGAGGCGGGCUUCGCGGUAAAGGUGGAGGACUCUACGCUGUUCACACAGUUGGAGGCGGCUCGAGCGAGACUACUGGGACAGCCAGUGGUGGGAGAGGGGACGCGGGCUGAGGGACCGGGGGAGCAGAGAGGCGAGGCGGGACAGCCGGGUGGCGGGGGACAGUGGGGACAGCACCAGCUGCGGGGUCAGGUGGAGCGAGGGAUAGGUGGGCGGAGGGGACGGCAGGGGGAGCAGACGGGCCAGGACGGGGAGGGGAGACGGCACAGGCAGCAGCAGGAGAGCCAGUGGAGGCCGCGGGCCCAGGGCGCCGCGCCUCCAGGUUCGGCCUCGGAGGAGGGGCAGGGGCGGGAGCAGCAGAGAGCGGACGGAGGUACAGGAGGGGCAGCGGGAUUGGGAGGGGAGGGCCAGGGAGUGAGAGAGGCAGCAGGGGAUGGAGCAGGGGGGUCGGGAGGGUUGGGGGAGGGUAGAGAGGGGGAGGGGAGAGGACAGGUGGAGGGAGGAGAGGAGAGGGGGAGAGAGACGAUCGGAGAGGAGGCACCAAGGGACCAGACAGGGCAGCAGCCAGCGCAACAGCAGGGACCAGUCGGACGCACAGGCCGUGUAGGCACCGCCUCCCGCAUCCCAGACCUCACCUGCCGCGACGUUGGCCAGGGUUUGAUGGUUCUUGUGGAUGUCUCCAUAGCGGAUCCACAGCGGGAGGGGAACGUGCAGCUGAGACGGGCGACCCCCACACAGAUUGGAGUGGCAGCAGCUAGGCGGGUGCAGGAGAAGCUGCGGCACUGGGGGCCGCACUUAGAGGGGCUGCAGCCGGCACCACACUUUUACGCGUGCGUGGCGGAGACCUUUGGCCUUCUGAGUGAGCCGCUGCGUCAGUUUCUGGGGCUCUGCGCAAAGAGGAUAGCACAGCGGAGGAGGGAUAGAGGUGGGGGGGAUGACGGAUCGGCACGGAUAUUUGAGGCAGGACUCACUACACGCCUCUCCGUUGCACUGCAGCGCGCGCAGGCUCAAUGCAUGAUCCAGCAUGCGGUGCGGCAGUUAGGGAGAUCCGACGACGGGUGGAUGCCCGCACCAGUCCCACUGGGUGCAGGGCAGGUCGUGCGGGUUGCUGCCGUGUUGUGGUCCUCUGGUGCUUCCUCCUCCUUAGUCUCUCUCCCUCUCUCCCCUUCUCUUCCCACCUCCCUCUUUCUUCACACCCCCUGCCCCCUCAUGCCAUCCGCUCCCCCCGCCCCUACCCUCCGCGUGCCCGCUCCCUUGCCGCCUCUUUUGACCCUCCCUGCCCCCCCUCGCCGUUUCCCACCGCCCGCCAUUCGCUCCUCCCCGCCCGUGCGCUCCCCUCCUUUACCUUCUCCUCCCCCCUCCCCUCCUCUGCUGCACGCCUCUUCCUUCCCCUCGCCGACCCACUCCACUCCCUGCCCCUCCUCAAUCCGCACCCUGCCCCUCGUAUCUCACCCCCCUAUGCUUGGUUUCUCCCCUCCCUGCCCCUCGCCGCCUUUCCCCGCUCCCCACCUCCCCCCUCUCCCUGCCCCCCCACUCUCCCCCCCCCUUGUCCUUGGCUUCCUACCUCCCUGCCUCACCUUUCCCCCCUCCGUGUGCUCAGCUUCUCCCCUCCCUGCCCCUCCCUCCUCCCCGCCCUGCCCCUCAUUUUCCGCCCCCCCCCACGCCCGGUUUCUCCCCUCCCCGCGCCUCCCUUUCUUUCUCCGUGCCUCUCCUUUGCUCCCUCCCUGCCCCCGCCUGCCCAUGCCCCUGUCUUUGGCUUCUCCCCUCCCUGCCCCACGUUUCUUCCCUCCCUGCCCCCCGUCUGCCCCUCCCUUGUUUUCCCCUCACCCAUUGCUUCUCUCCUCCCUGCCCUUGAUUUCCCACACCCCUGCCCUCGUUUCCUAUCAUCCAUGCCCCUCGUUUCCCCCCUUUGUACGUUCAGCCUCUUCCCUCCCUGCCCCUCCCUUCCUCCCCCCCUGCCCUUUGCUCUCCCCUCGUUACGCUCCCUUCUCCCCAUCCCUGCUGCCCUCUUACCACCAUCAGCCCAUCCCCACGACCAGCCCCCCUCCCACCCUUCAAUCCCCCCCUCCCUCUCUCUCUCUCUCUCUCUCUCUCUCUCUCUCUCUCUCUUUCUCACACACACACACACGCACACUCCCCUCCCCCACCCCCCCCACGUACAUCCUCCCAUUCUGCCCCUCCCUGCCCCUUUCCCACCCCCUCGCACGCCCCUCACCUCCCACCUCCGUGCAACUGGUUUCCCCCCUAUGGUGCCACCCUUGCAUCGCUCGCCCCUCUGCUCACCCUCUGCCCGCCCCUUUUCCGUGCCCUCAGUUGGCCCAGCCCCUGCCCGUUGCUGCCCCUCCCCUUGCCCCCUCAACUCCCCUGCCCCCCGUACACCCCAAGUCCCAUCCAACCGCCCCCACCCUCCCCCGGCUGCCCGUUUCCGCUCUCCACCCCCGCGACCGUGUGCGGCUUCCAACCGCCCAACGGUGGGGCAUAAAUGGGUACAACACGAGGACUUCCCGGGAGGUCACCCAGCCCAGUACUGCUCUCGCCCACACGUCGAAGCGUACCUUUGAAGAGGAUGGAACAGAGGAACGCCAAGCCCCACUGGAGGAAAUACACGAGGAGGAGCCAGCACGCUCAAAACCGCGCCCUACCCCCGCUGCCCCAUCCCAGUCUACCCCCCCUUCAGGUGACAGCGGGGGCGGCACCCAUGCAUGCUCAGUAGAGAGAUCCUCCAACUCACUCGCUACCUCCCAUUCGCAAACCAGAUUACUUGUGAAAACACUUAAUCCUACCCGCACCCCCAAGCACAUAGAAGCGGGAGAGGGCAGAGCCAGGGGGGAACUUGCAGCUGACACUGCACGGGAAGGGGUAAGUGAGUUUGUGUGUGAAGGAGCAGCAGAGGCUACAGAGGAUGGGGCAGCAAAGGCUGCACGGGAAGGGGCAAUGGGGGUUGUGGGGGAAGGGGCAGCAGAGGCUGCAGAGGAAAGGGCAGCAGAGGCUGCAAGGGAAGGGGCAGCAGCGGCUGCACGGGAAAGGGCGGCAGGGGCUGCACGGGAAGGGGCGGCAGGGACCGUGACUCUGGCCAGGCAAAGGGCAGAGGCCAUGGAGACAGGUUUUGCAGGAGUAGGGGCCACGGAACCUGCUGCUGCGUCGGCUGGGGGAACCGCAGCAGAGGAGGCUAUAGGGACCGCACCAGUCGAGGCUGCAAGGACUGCAGCAGGAGCGACAGAGGCCACAGCGGGGGCUGGUAUAGGGGGAGGUGCUACGGGUGCAGCGGGGAAGGGGGUAACGGGGACUGGUGCGAGGGAGAGUGCCGCCCCGGCUGUAGCAAGAGAGGGUACGGCAGGGGCCUCAAAGGCAGAAGGUGAGGCUGCAGCUGAAGCAGCAGGGAGGGCCAUAGCACGGCCAGUAGGGGCGGCAGGGGCCGCAGCAAACUCGGGGAAACACACAGCAGGGCCGGCAGGGCCGGCAGAGACUGCAAAAGGGGCUAGCAGUAAAGCGGCAGCAGGCGGGGUGGGCUUGGGGGACAUAGGGGCAACAGGGGAAGGAGAGGGGAGGGUGGUCCCGACCGGGGUGGGCACUGAAGAGGGGGAUGUGAUAGCGAUAGAGGAGGAUGAGGGAGAGGAUGUGAUGCACAUUGACGGGCCACUGGCCCAAUACCUCACGCUUGACGGUGAGGCCGACCCGGCCCCCCUGCAGCCUCACGUCGAGGUUCCCCCUCUACCCCCCAUGCCCGUCCCCAUGCUAGCAGAAGGACCGAUGGAGGGGCUGGGGGAGACCUUGAGGACAGAGCCGCGCGAGGGAGCCCCCAUCCUCACCUCCCGUCCUCCAGCCCACCAGCCCCCAGGAGCACCACUUCCCCACCCCCACCCUCAGGUCCCGGUAGUGUCCAGGGGGGCAGCCAAGGCCCUGGCCUUCUUGGCGGAGCCGUGCUCCCCGACCCCCACGCUGCUCCAUGGCCAGCCCCCCUCUCCGUCCCCAACGCCUGACCCCACGGUUGCAGGCGGUCCACCGGGAGAGCACGCGGGUGCGACAAGAGCAGAGUCACCCGAGGGCACCCCUUCUCUCACCUCUCACCCCUCCCCGCCCCUUCCCUCACUCCUUCCUUCACCCCCAAGGGCAGCACACCUCUGCCCCCACCCUCAGGGGCUCCUUAGAGCACCACGUGGAGCAGCCAGGGCUCUGGUCUUCCUAGAGGAGCCAUGCUCCCCGACUCCUACCAACACCCAGCCACCCCUUACCGGCCCACUACCCCCUCCUCCACCAGGCCCCCCCCCACCCGGUAGUACACACAUCUCGGAGGUUGAAGCAUCUCUGCGGCCAAAUCCCUCUCCCACACGCUACAGGCACCCAAACCACCCGAGUCGCCGCACAGCCCCAACACGCCCACCCAACAGGCUGCCCUCCCCACACCACCCCCCCCAGGCAGCCGAGACCCACCCGCAAGGGCUUGCGCCCCAGGCUCAUGGGAGCGGCGGCACCCGGGUAGAGGGGCCCACAGGAGAGGCCACCACAGAGCCCACACAAAUCUCUCUCCCCCCACCGUUUGUACCUCGCUCUAACCUCCACACUGGCCCAGCCCCUCGACCCCCACCUCCAACCCCCUCUCCCGGCCGGGUUCCCCACGAGUGGCCCCGUUGGGCAGCCAUCACCCCCCACACACAGCUUGCCCGAUCUGUUCCCACGGAGGGGGAUGUUUCGAGGAGAGUGGGGAUGCACACAGAGCACCCCCUGCCUGGCGAACCACCCAUCCUCCCUCCACCCACCCCUUUGGCCCCACAGCCCCCCCUUCCUUCACAAACAGGCGCGGACAACCAGGUUGGCCGCCGGCGGAAGAACAGGGGCAGAGGAGGCAGAGGGUCAGCCCACGUACUCCCCCCUCCCUCCCUCCCCCACCAAGAGCCCCUCCCCACCUCACAUCCCGUUGAACAAUUACCAGGCCCUACCUCUACAGCCCGUCCACCAAACCUACACUCCCGCCCCGCUCCUGCACCUCCACAGGGCCAUGGGAGCGGACCAGCCCACUCACCCCCAUUCUGCCCCUCCCGUGCUGUGUCCCCCUCCCAGGUGGCGGCGGCCGCGAUCGCUACUGGGAGGGGGGCCGUCGGGUUGAGGGAUGCGCCCAUGGCAGACGCCACCGACUCCCCCUCCCAUCCCUCCCACCCCUUCCAUGUCGACGACCCCCUACCGCAACCCAUGGUGAUUGGGGAGGGCCAAGGGGGCCUUCUAGGGCAGGGUCCACACCCGAGCUCCGCUCAGCCAGCACGCCCCACUCCACCCUCUACCCUGCCAGCCCUCCUACUCUCACCUACAGGCAGGCAGGUCUUCGAGACCCCAGAGGAGGUGAGGGCUGGCAUUUCAGAUUUGCUGGCGAUACACCGCCUGAGCAGCUCUCCGGCUGCCCCCACCCUUCCAGUCCCACAGGACCGGACCCGGACGUAUGCGGAGGUCACCCGGUCUGUCCCUUCUUUUAUCCCCCCCGCCACUCAGCCAGGCGCGUCACUCCCGACCCCAAUGGAGACGGACCGGGGUCUGAGGCCGUGUCACUCGCACCUAGACGGGGUGGCGCCUCCCCCCGUUCAGCCCGUGGCGCAGGAGGUCACCAGCAGUAGGGAUGAGGCAUCCGCCCCUACCGAGACCCCUCCGCCUGGGGUAGCAGAGCCGUCACUUGAACCGCACCCCGCCGAGGGGCAGGAGCACACCACGGCACACACUUCAGGCUCACCUCCACGUCCCCCCUCCCCAGCUUCAACACCGGUGCCGGCACGAGGCCCGGCCCUAUCCUGUGCGACACCACCUCUAUCUUCGCUGACACCCCCCCCGCGCGGGGCUGGUGAGUCGUCUCCUCCCCUCAUCCCAGGCGAUCCUGUCGGAGCUCAGGCCGCCCACGGGGUCCCCUCUACAGCCAGUUCCGACGCCACGGCCCCGAUUGACCCCGCCGACACGGCGACAUCACCCGACCAGGUCGUGAGUUGCCCCACCUGCAGGAGCUCUCUCGCGAACCGACGCGCGCUCCAGCACCACAUUCCCUUCUGCCAUCCUGCGGACGCGGCUCGCAGGGCGCAGGCUGCCCAUGAUACCGCCUCGAUCAUCCCUUCCCUCUCACAGCCCCGUGCGACCGGGAUGCAGUUCACCGACGCACAGUGGCAGACGCUCGACUCGGUGGACUGGACAGAGUACUUCUCGCCCGAGCGUAUCCAUACACGCCCUCUCCGACGUGUCCCGGAGAGGGUCCGCGGAGGAUAUCUUGACGUCCUCAGUGCGAUCCUAGUCCGCAUUGCCCAGGACCCGGAGGCUGCUGGCCCUACCUUCCUCCUCGCUGCAGCGCCGACUCUUUUCCUUGUUCCAGCGACGCCACCCGACCGCUCGCACACGGCUGCCAUUGCAACGCGCAUCUCUCGCUUUGGUCGAGGUGAGUGGGCUGAGCUAGUCUCAGAUGCACUAGGCCGUCGCACACCCCUUCCUCGCCGCACAGGUCACCGGUCACGCACCGCCACCGAUCCCUCUGCAGCAGAUGAGCGCCGCAUUGCACGUUGCCUUCGUCUGGCAGCGUGCAAUGAGACCUCACGGGCGUGCGCGGCUCUCGAGUCCGCGGAGGCAGCCCCAGAUACACAGGGGACGAUACAGCGCCUGCAGUCGAAGCACCCCAACGCGGAGAGGCCGACCCCAGCUUGGCUGUCUGGCUUCCAGGGGUCCCCUCUCGUGCUCUCGGUGGAUCACUUACGCCGCGCGAUUUUCACAGCUCCGCGGGGCUCUUCGGGAGGACCGUCCGGUUGGGUCGCUGAGCACCUGCGAGACACUUUCCUAGCUUUCCCUCAGAGUCUCCAUUUCCUCCUGGCCGUGUACCAGCAGUGGCUCCGAGGCCGUUGCGCUCCAGCUGCGCGCUCCUUGCUAGCGUCCUCCACCCUCGUGGCUCUGGCGAAGUCGAACAUGGAUGUUCGGCCGAUUGCCAUCGGCGAGGUUUUGGUCCGCAUUCUUUCUCGGGCAGUUUGUCUCCAGCUACGUGACCAGAUGGCGAGGGUCUUCUUGGCAUCACAGCAGUUUGGGGUGGGGGUUACGUGCGGGACAGAGGUCGUAGUUAGAGGCGUCCGCCGCGCUCUGGCUGACCACCCAGACUGGGUGGUCCUGCAGCUAGACGUGGCGAAUGCCUUUAACUCUUUCCACCGAGACAGGAUGUUUCAGGCGCUGCAGGCCAGUCCGGAGUUUCAGUGUCUGAUCCCCUUCAUCGGCCUCUUCUACGGGACGCCCUCGGAUCUCCACUACAGGUCAGGCACGGGAGUGGUCACGAUGCACUCGGAGCGGGGCACUCGCCAGGGAGACCCUCUCAGCCCCUUCUUGUACGCUCUGACACAGCGUCUUGCUUUGGAGCCGGUUCUGGCGGAGGGGGAUGUCCAGCUCUGGUCGUACGCCGAUGACACGUACGUGCUAGGUCCCCCAGACAGGGUGCUGCACCAUUUUGCCGAGAUCGUGAGGCGCUUGGGCGAGAUGGGCCUUGCAGCCCAGCCGCACAAGUGCCUCGUCUACCAGACAGAGUCCUUUCUGUCCAGGGAUCUGGAGGCUUUCACGGGCCUAGGGAUCGAGGUCGCACGCCGAGGGCUCACCGUGACAGGCGUACCGGUAGGCACCGUUUCGUUCGUGGAGCAGAGUCUCCCGGAUCGUCUCGAGAGGAUGGGGCGGGUGCUACCUUGGCUUCCGAGGUUGCGCCAGCCCCAGACAGCUGCCCGCCUUCUUUCGGCGUGUGUCAGCACUCGUCCGCAGUACCUGUCGAGGACCGUCCCUCCUUCGCCCGCAGUGAUCUCCAGUUUUACACGGUGGGACGCACGCCUGGGAGAGACUUUUCAGCAGCUUUUAGCUUCAGGGACCUGGGCUUGUCGCGAGGACGUCCGAGAGGCCGCCCUAGACCAGAUCUUCCUCCCCAUCCGUCUCGGGGGUUUCGGCAUUCGUCGCAUGGCGCGCAUGGCCCCGGUGAGUUUCGUGUGCUCCUGGGUGCAGUGUGCACCCAUUCUCUGUUCUCUCCCUGCGUGUGGCGAGGUGUUUCGGCAGAGCUUCGCUUCAGGUGAGCCAGAGCAGAUCGACCGGGCUCUGCAGACGGCGCUAGAGGGUCUCCCUCCUGACGUUCUCUCUCUCCUUCCCCCCUGGCCCUCUUGCGCUUCUGCCUCCCCCGAUUCCCUUUUUGCAGGAGCGAGCCGUCUUCUGGAGGCGCAUGCCUUGGAGGCCGUGCGUGCCCGUCACACCUCUCCCUUGCACCUUGCCCGUUUGACUUCCCUUCAGGGCGGAGGUGCAGGAGCGUGGUUGACGUCGGUGCCGUACGCCGACCCACUGCGCAUCCCGGAGGCGCUGUGGCAGGCGGCUUCAUCUUCUCGUCUUGGUCUCCCUAUCCCCCAGUUAGCCCUUGCAGGUCAGUGCUCCUGCGGACAGGCGAUUGACGACAUGACGGUGCCUCAUCACGCGGUUCGGUGCCCGCGUUACGGGGUCGCCACUACCAUCCACGACACGGUGAAGUACAUGCUUCGAGACUUUGCGGUCGAGGCGGGCUUCGCGGUAAAGGUGGAGGACUCUACGCUGUUCACACAGUUGGAGGCGGCUCGAGCGAGACUACUGGGACAGCCAGUGGUGGGAGAGGGGACACGGGCUGAGGGACCGGGGGAGCGGAGAGGCGAGGCGGGACAGCCGGGUGGCGGGGGACAGUGGGGACGGCACCAGCUGCGGGGUCAGGUGGAGCGAGGGACAGGUGGGCAGAGGGGACGGCAGGGGGAGCAGACGGGCCAGGACGGGGAGGGGGGACGGCACAGGCAGCAGCAGGAGAGCCAGUGGAGGCCGCGGGCCCAGGGCGCCGCGCCUCCAGGUUCGGCCUCGGGGGCGGGGCAGGGGCGGGAGCAGCAGAGAGCGGACGGAGGUACAGGAGGGGCAGCGGGAUUGGGAGGGGAGGGCCAGGGAGUGAGAGAGGCAGCAGGGGAUGGAGCAGGGGGGUCGGGAGGUUUGGGGGAGGGUAGGGAGGGGGAGGGGAGAGGACAGGUGGAUGGAGGAGAGGAGAGGGGGAGAGAGACGAUCGGAGAGGGGGCACCAAGGGACCAGACAGGGCAGCAGCCAGCGCAACAGCAGGGACCAGUCGGACGCACAGGCCGUGUAGGCACCGCCUCCCGCAUUCCAGACCUCACCUGCCGCGACGUUGGCCAGGGUCUGAUGGUUCUUGUGGAUGUCUCCAUAGCGGAUCCACAGCGGGAGGGGAACGUGCAGCUGAGACGGGCGACCCCCACACAGAUUGGAGUGGCAGCAGCUAGGCGGGUGCAGGAGAAGCUGCGUCACUGGGGGCCGCACUUAGAGGGGCUGCAGCCGGCACCACACUUUUACGCGUGCGUGGCGGAGACCUUUGGCCUUCUGAGUGAGCCGCUGCGUCAGUUUCUGGGGCUCUGCGCAAAGAGGAUAGCACAGCGGAGGAGGGAUAGAGGUGGGGGGGAUGACGGAUCGGCACGGAUAUUUGAGGCAGGACUCACUACACGCCUCUCCGUUGCACUGCAGCGCGCGCAGGCUCAAUGCAUGAUCCAGCAUGCGUCACACCCCCUGCCCCCUCAUGCCAUCCGCUCCCCCCGCCCCUACCCUCCGCGUGCCCGCUCCCUUGCCGCCUCUUUUGACCCUCCCUGCCCCCCUCGCCGUUUCCCACCGCCCGCCAUUCGCUCCUCCCCGCCCGUGCGCUCCCCUCGUUUACCUUCUCCUCCCCCCUCCCCUCCUCUGCUGCACGCCUCUUCCUUCCCCUCGCCGACCCACUCCACUCCCUGCCCCUCCUCAAUCCGCACCCUGCCCCUCGUAUCUCGCCCCCCUAUGCUUGCUUCUCCCCUCCCUGCCCCUCCCUCCUCCCCGCCCUGCCCCUCGUUUUCCGCCCCCCCACGCCCGGUUUCUCCCCUCCCCGCGCCUCCCUUUCUUUCUCCGUGCCUCUCCUCUGCUCCCUCCCUGCCCCCGCCUGCCCAUGCCCCUGUCUUUGGCUUCUCCCCUCCCUGCCCCACGUUUCUUCCCUCCCUGCCCACCCCCUCUGCCCCUCCCUUGUUUUCCCCUCACCCAUUGCUUCUCCCCUCCCUGCCCUUGAUUUCCCGCACCCCUGCCCUUGUUUCCUACCAUCCAUGCCCCUCGUUUCCCCCCCUUUGUACGUUCAGCCUCUUCCCUCCCUGCCCCUCCCUUCCUCCCCCCCUGCCCUUUGCUCUCCCCUCGUUACGCUCCCUUCUCCCCAUCCCUGCUGCCCUCUUACCACCAUCAGCCCAUCCCCACCACCAGCCCCCCUCCCACCCUUCUCUCCCCCCCUCCCUUUCCCUCUCUCUCUUUCUCACACACACACACGCACACUCCCCUCCCCCACCCCCCACCCACAUCCUCCCAUUCUGCCCCUCCCUGCCCCUUUCCCACCCCCUCGCACGCCCCUCACCUCCCACCUCCGUGCAACUGGUUUCCCCCCCCUAUGGUGCCUCCCUUGCAUCGCUCGCCCCUCUGCUCACCCUCUGCCCGCCCCUUUUCCGUGCCCUCAGCUGGCCCAGCCCCUGCCCGUUGCUGCCCCUCCCCUUGCCCCCUCAACUCCCCUGCCCCCCGUACACCCCAGUCCCAUCCAACCGCCCCCACCCUCCCCCGGCUGCCCGUUUCCGCUCUCCACCCCCGCGACCUCACACCCCCUGCCCCCUCAUGCCAUCCGCUCCCCCCGCCCCUACCCUCCGCGUGCCCGCUCCCUUGCCGCCUCUUUUGACCCUCCCUGCCCCCCUCGCCGUUUCCCACCGCCCGCCAUUCGCUCCUCCCCGCCCGUGCGCUCCCCUCGUUUACCUUCUCCUCCCCCCUCCCCUCCUCUGCUGCACGCCUCUUCCUUCCCCUCGCCGACCCACUCCACUCCCUGCCCCUCCUCAAUCCGCACCCUGCCCCUCGUAUCUCGCCCCCCUAUGCUUGGUUUCUCCCCUCCCUGCCCCUCGCCGCCUUUCUCCGCCCCCCACCUCCCCCCUCUCCCUGCCCCCCCACUCUCCCACCCUUGCCCUUGGCUUCCUACCUCCCUGCCCCACCUUUCCCCCCUCUGUGUGCUCAGCUUCUCCCCUCCCUGCCCCUCCCUCCUCCCCGCCCUGCCCCUCGUUUUCCGCCCCCCCACGCCCGGUUUCUCCCCUCCCCGCGCCUCCCUUUCUUUCUCCGUGCCUCUCCUCUGCUCCCUCCCUGCCCCCGCCUGCCCAUGCCCCUGUCUUUGGCUUCUCCCCUCCCUGCCCCACGUUUCUUCCCUCCCUGCCCACCCCCUCUGCCCCUCCCUUGUUUUCCCCUCACCCAUUGCUUCUCCCCUCCCUGCCCUUGAUUUCCCGCACCCCUGCCCUUGUUUCCUACCAUCCAUGCCCCUCGUUUCCCCCCCUUUGUACGUUCAGCCUCUUCCCUCCCUGCCCCUCCCUUCCUCCCCCCCUGCCCUUUGCUCUCCCCUCGUUACGCUCCCUUCUCCCCAUCCCUGCUGCCCUCUUACCACCAUCAGCCCAUCCCCACCACCAGCCCCCCUCCCACCCUUCUCUCCCCCCCUCCCUUUCCCUCUCUCUCUUUCUCACACACACACACGCACACUCCCCUCCCCCACCCCCCACCCACAUCCUCCCAUUCUGCCCCUCCCUGCCCCUUUCCCACCCCCUCGCACGCCCCUCACCUCCCACCUCCGUGCAACUGGUUUCCCCCCCCUAUGGUGCCUCCCUUGCAUCGCUCGCCCCUCUGCUCACCCUCUGCCCGCCCCUUUUCCGUGCCCUCAGCUUGGCCCAGCCCCUGCCCGUUGCUGCCCCUCCCCUUGCCCCCUCAACUCCCCUGCCCCCCGUACACCCCAGUCCCAUCCAACCGCCCCCACCCUCCCCCGGCUGCCCGUUUCCGCUCUCCACCCCCGCGACCGUGUGCGGCUUCCAACCGCCCAACGGUGGUGCGCACGGGGCCAUUACCGCCCCUCUCCCCUUAUCCCCCACCACGCCCCCAAGCAGGCCUUUCUCCCCCCAGCCUCCCGUCUCCCUGCCCUUAGUACCGCCGCGCUCUGCCCGUGCGUCACCCUUGCCCACUUCAUACCACCUCCCCCUUCUCCCCCCCCCCCGGCUUCUCCCUAUCAUCACCCGCAUGUUCCCCCACUCCCCUGUCCACAACGUCCCUCCACCCCCCUUCCUGCUUUCCCCACUCCCACUCUGCCCCCCACACCUCUACGAGCCGUACUUCCCCCUCCAGCCUCCCUUUCCCCCCCAGCUACUUCCGCAUCCAGCGUGGGCUGCACCUCUGCAUCCCGCCCUGCCAGGCCCUUCGGUGACCCAACUGCCGCCACCUGGCACCACGCCGCCUUUCCCACCCCCAUCCAAUCUCUACACCCCCUGCCCCUGCUCCCUGCGCAAUCCAGCCACCUACCCCAGCCUCCCUCUACCUCUCCCUAACUCCACACCGCCGUUCCUACCCCCAGCCAAGGUCUACACCCCUUGCUUUUGCUCCCUGGGCUGUGCCGUCCCCAACCUCCCUCCGCCUUUCCGCGGCACCAGACCGCCUCUCCCUCCCCCAGCCAACUUUUGCACCCCCUGUUCCUGCCCCUUGUGCCCUCCAACACCCUACCUCAACCCCCCCCAGUCUCCCCCUUCUCCAACACCCUCCAUAUUUCCUCCCCCCUGGGGCUCGCCCAUCCGCAGCUAUCACCCUUCAUCGAUUCCCCAAUUCCCUCUGUCCCCUGUUUCCCGGCCCCGCAUCCUAUCCUGCAUUUACCACAGCACCUCCUUUCGGUGCCCUCUCUGCCCUCCCACGUUCUCACCCCCCGCCUCCCAACCUUCUCAUUACCCGCUACCAGGCUCACGCCAACUCGACUACCCACUACCCUUUGCCCCUUCCUCUCUGUUCCCCACCCUUCCUUUCCCACCUGGCUCCACCUGCCCACCCCCACCUCCCGUGGAAUUCUGCCCUGCCCUCCCCACCUCUGGCCCACCACCUGUCCCCACACCCUGCUCACCCACCGCUACACCACCCCCGCCCCCCCACCUCCACUACAGCCCGCCAACACUUCCCCUCUCAAUCGGCCCCCAGCCCGCCCCCCCCUUGGGCCCCAAUCCCCUCCAACUGUCAGGCCCCCUCUACCCUCUCUUCCACCCACUGCGCACCGCUUUCCCCACCCUUUUCCCCUUUCCCCAAGCUAACCCCCCGCACCCCGGCCUCUGCCAGGGAGUUCCUUCCCCCUUUGACGCCCUCUUGAGCCAACCCCAGCAACUCACACCGCCACCGCCAGGCAUGCUGCCUCUAGCCAGGGGGGAACUUGCAGCUGACACUGCACGGGAAGGGGUAAGUGAGUUUGUGUGUGAAGGAGCAGCAGAGGCUACAGAGGAUGGGGCAGCAAAGGCUGCACGGGAAGGGGCAAUGGGGGUUGUGGGGGAAGGGGCAGCAGAGGCUGCAGAGGAAAGGGCAGCAGAGGCUGCAAGGGAAGGGGCAGCAGCGGCUGCACGGGAAAGGGCGGCAGGGGCUGCACGGGAAGGGGCGGCAGGGACCGUGACUCUGGCCAGGCAAAGGGCAGAGGCCAUGGAGACAGGUUUUGCAGGAGUAGGGGCCACGGAACCUGCUGCUGUGUCGGCUGGGGGAACCGCAGCAGAGGAGGCUAUAGGGACCGCACCAGUCGAGGCUGCAAGGACUGCAGCAGGAGCGACAGAGGCCACAGCGGGGGCUGGUAUAGGGGGAGGUGCUACGGGUGCAGCGGGGAAGGGGGUAACGGGGACUGGUGCGAGGGAGAGUGCCGCCCCGGCUGUAGCAAGAGAGGGUACGGCAGGGGCCUCAAAGGCAGAAGGUGAGGCUGCAGCUGAAGCAGCAGGGAGGGCCAUAGCACGGCCAGUAGGGGCGGCAGGGGCCGCAGCAAACUCGGGGAAACACACAGCAGGGCCGGCAGGGCCGGCAGAGACUGCAAAAGGGGCUAGCAGUAAAGCGGCAGCAGGCGGGGUGGGCUUGGGGGACAUAGGGGCAACAGGGGAAGGAGAGGGGAGGGUGGUCCCGACCGGGGUGGGCACUGAAGAGGGGGAUGUGAUAGCGAUAGAGGAGGAUGAGGGAGAGGAUGUGAUGCACAUUGACGGGCCACUGGCCCAAUACCUCACGCUUGACGGUGAGGCCGACCCGGCCCCCCUGCAGCCUCACGUCGAGGUUCCCCCUCUACCCCCCAUGCCCGUCCCCAUGCUAGCAGAAGGACCGAUGGAGGGGCUGGGGGAGACCUUGAGGACAGAGCCGCGCGAGGGAGCCCCCAUCCUCACCUCCCGUCCUCCAGCCCACCAGCCCCCAGGAGCACCACUUCCCCACCCCCACCCUCAGGUCCCGGUAGUGUCCAGGGGGGCAGCCAAGGCCCUGGCCUUCUUGGCGGAGCCGUGCUCCCCGACCCCCACGCUGCUCCAUGGCCAGCCCCCCUCUCCGUCCCCAACGCCUGACCCCACGGUUGCAGGCGGUCCACCGGGAGAGCACGCGGGUGCGACAAGAGCAGAGUCACCCGAGGGCACCCCUUCUCUCACCUCUCACCCCUCCCCGCCCCUUCCCUCACUCCUUCCUUCACCCCCAAGGGCAGCACACCUCUGCCCCCACCCUCAGGGGCUCCUUAGAGCACCACGUGGAGCAGCCAGGGCUCUGGUCUUCCUAGAGGAGCCAUGCUCCCCGACUCCUACCAACACCCAGCCACCCCUUACCGGCCCACUACCCCCUCCUCCACCAGGCCCCCCCCCACCCGGUAGUACACACAUCUCGGAGGUUGAAGCAUCUCUGCGGCCAAAUCCCUCUCCCACACGCUACAGGCACCCAAACCACCCGAGUCGCCGCACAGCCCCAACACGCCCACCCAACAGGCUGCCCUCCCCACACCACCCCCCCCAGGCAGCCGAGACCCACCCGCAAGGGCUUGCGCCCCAGGCUCAUGGGAGCGGCGGCACCCGGGUAGAGGGGCCCACAGGAGAGGCCACCACAGAGCCCACACAAAUCUCUCUCCCCCCACCGUUUGUACCUCGCUCUAACCUCCACACUGGCCCAGCCCCUCGACCCCCACCUCCAACCCCCUCUCCCGGCCGGGUUCCCCACGAGUGGCCCCGUUGGGCAGCCAUCACCCCCCACACACAGCUUGCCCGAUCUGUUCCCACGGAGGGGGAUGUUUCGAGGAGAGUGGGGAUGCACACAGAGCACCCCCUGCCUGGCGAACCACCCAUCCUCCCUCCACCCACCCCUUUGGCCCCACAGCCCCCCCUUCCUUCACAAACAGGCGCGGACAACCAGGUUGGCCGCCGGCGGAAGAACAGGGGCAGAGGAGGCAGAGGGUCAGCCCACGUACUCCCCCCUCCCUCCCUCCCCCACCAAGAGCCCCUCCCCACCUCACAUCCCGUUGAACAAUUACCAGGCCCUACCUCUACAGCCCGUCCACCAAACCUACACUCCCGCCCCGCUCCUGCACCUCCACAGGGCCAUGGGAGCGGACCAGCCCACUCACCCCCAUUCUGCCCCUCCCGUGCUGUGUCCCCCUCCCAGGUGGCGGCGGCCGCGAUCGCUACUGGGAGGGGGGCCGUCGGGUUGAGGGAUGCGCCCAUGGCAGACGCCACCGACUCCCCCUCCCAUCCCUCCCACCCCUUCCAUGUCGACGACCCCCUACCGCAACCCAUGGUGAUUGGGGAGGGCCAAGGGGGCCUUCUAGGGCAGGGUCCACACCCGAGCUCCGCUCAGCCAGCACGCCCCACUCCACCCUCUACCCUGCCAGCCCUCCUACUCUCACCUACAGGCAGGCAGGUCUUCGAGACCCCAGAGGAGGUGAGGGCUGGCAUUUCAGAUUUGCUGGCGAUACACCGCCUGAGCAGCUCUCCGGCUGCCCCCACCCUUCCAGUCCCACAGGACCGGACCCGGACGUAUGCGGAGGUCACCCGGUCUGUCCCUUCUUUUAUCCCCCCCGCCACUCAGCCAGGCGCGUCACUCCCGACCCCAAUGGAGACGGACCGGGGUCUGAGGCCGUGUCACUCGCACCUAGACGGGGUGGCGCCUCCCCCCGUUCAGCCCGUGGCGCAGGAGGUCACCAGCAGUAGGGAUGAGGCAUCCGCCCCUACCGAGACCCCUCCGCCUGGGGUAGCAGAGCCGUCACUUGAACCGCACCCCGCCGAGGGGCAGGAGCACACCACGGCACACACUUCAGGCUCACCUCCACGUCCCCCCUCCCCAGCUUCAACACCGGUGCCGGCACGAGGCCCGGCCCUAUCCUGUGCGACACCACCUCUAUCUUCGCUGACACCCCCCCCGCGCGGGGCUGGUGAGUCGUCUCCUCCCCUCAUCCCAGGCGAUCCUGUCGGAGCUCAGGCCGCCCACGGGGUCCCCUCUACAGCCAGUUCCGACGCCACGGCCCCGAUUGACCCCGCCGACACGGCGACAUCACCCGACCAGGUCGUGAGUUGCCCCACCUGCAGGAGCUCUCUCGCGAACCGACGCGCGCUCCAGCACCACAUUCCCUUCUGCCAUCCUGCGGACGCGGCUCGCAGGGCGCAGGCUGCCCAUGAUACCGCCUCGAUCAUCCCUUCCCUCUCACAGCCCCGUGCGACCGGGAUGCAGUUCACCGACGCACAGUGGCAGACGCUCGACUCGGUGGACUGGACAGAGUACUUCUCGCCCGAGCGUAUCCAUACACGCCCUCUCCGACGUGUCCCGGAGAGGGUCCGCGGAGGAUAUCUUGACGUCCUCAGUGCGAUCCUAGUCCGCAUUGCCCAGGACCCGGAGGCUGCUGGCCCUACCUUCCUCCUCGCUGCAGCGCCGACUCUUUUCCUUGUUCCAGCGACGCCACCCGACCGCUCGCACACGGCUGCCAUUGCAACGCGCAUCUCUCGCUUUGGUCGAGGUGAGUGGGCUGAGCUAGUCUCAGAUGCACUAGGCCGUCGCACACCCCUUCCUCGCCGCACAGGUCACCGGUCACGCACCGCCACCGAUCCCUCUGCAGCAGAUGAGCGCCGCAUUGCACGUUGCCUUCGUCUGGCAGCGUGCAAUGAGACCUCACGGGCGUGCGCGGCUCUCGAGUCCGCGGAGGCAGCCCCAGAUACACAGGGGACGAUACAGCGCCUGCAGUCGAAGCACCCCAACGCGGAGAGGCCGACCCCAGCUUGGCUGUCUGGCUUCCAGGGGUCCCCUCUCGUGCUCUCGGUGGAUCACUUACGCCGCGCGAUUUUCACAGCUCCGCGGGGCUCUUCGGGAGGACCGUCCGGUUGGGUCGCUGAGCACCUGCGAGACACUUUCCUAGCUUUCCCUCAGAGUCUCCAUUUCCUCCUGGCCGUGUACCAGCAGUGGCUCCGAGGCCGUUGCGCUCCAGCUGCGCGCUCCUUGCUAGCGUCCUCCACCCUCGUGGCUCUGGCGAAGUCGAACAUGGAUGUUCGGCCGAUUGCCAUCGGCGAGGUUUUGGUCCGCAUUCUUUCUCGGGCAGUUUGUCUCCAGCUACGUGACCAGAUGGCGAGGGUCUUCUUGGCAUCACAGCAGUUUGGGGUGGGGGUUACGUGCGGGACAGAGGUCGUAGUUAGAGGCGUCCGCCGCGCUCUGGCUGACCACCCAGACUGGGUGGUCCUGCAGCUAGACGUGGCGAAUGCCUUUAACUCUUUCCACCGAGACAGGAUGUUUCAGGCGCUGCAGGCCAGUCCGGAGUUUCAGUGUCUGAUCCCCUUCAUCGGCCUCUUCUACGGGACGCCCUCGGAUCUCCACUACAGGUCAGGCACGGGAGUGGUCACGAUGCACUCGGAGCGGGGCACUCGCCAGGGAGACCCUCUCAGCCCCUUCUUGUACGCUCUGACACAGCGUCUUGCUUUGGAGCCGGUUCUGGCGGAGGGGGAUGUCCAGCUCUGGUCGUACGCCGAUGACACGUACGUGCUAGGUCCCCCAGACAGGGUGCUGCACCAUUUUGCCGAGAUCGUGAGGCGCUUGGGCGAGAUGGGCCUUGCAGCCCAGCCGCACAAGUGCCUCGUCUACCAGACAGAGUCCUUUCUGUCCAGGGAUCUGGAGGCUUUCACGGGCCUAGGGAUCGAGGUCGCACGCCGAGGGCUCACCGUGACAGGCGUACCGGUAGGCACCGUUUCGUUCGUGGAGCAGAGUCUCCCGGAUCGUCUCGAGAGGAUGGGGCGGGUGCUACCUUGGCUUCCGAGGUUGCGCCAGCCCCAGACAGCUGCCCGCCUUCUUUCGGCGUGUGUCAGCACUCGUCCGCAGUACCUGUCGAGGACCGUCCCUCCUUCGCCCGCAGUGAUCUCCAGUUUUACACGGUGGGACGCACGCCUGGGAGAGACUUUUCAGCAGCUUUUAGCUUCAGGGACCUGGGCUUGUCGCGAGGACGUCCGAGAGGCCGCCCUAGACCAGAUCUUCCUCCCCAUCCGUCUCGGGGGUUUCGGCAUUCGUCGCAUGGCGCGCAUGGCCCCGGUGAGUUUCGUGUGCUCCUGGGUGCAGUGUGCACCCAUUCUCUGUUCUCUCCCUGCGUGUGGCGAGGUGUUUCGGCAGAGCUUCGCUUCAGGUGAGCCAGAGCAGAUCGACCGGGCUCUGCAGACGGCGCUAGAGGGUCUCCCUCCUGACGUUCUCUCUCUCCUUCCCCCCUGGCCCUCUUGCGCUUCUGCCUCCCCCGAUUCCCUUUUUGCAGGAGCGAGCCGUCUUCUGGAGGCGCAUGCCUUGGAGGCCGUGCGUGCCCGUCACACCUCUCCCUUGCACCUUGCCCGUUUGACUUCCCUUCAGGGCGGAGGUGCAGGAGCGUGGUUGACGUCGGUGCCGUACGCCGACCCACUGCGCAUCCCGGAGGCGCUGUGGCAGGCGGCUUCAUCUUCUCGUCUUGGUCUCCCUAUCCCCCAGUUAGCCCUUGCAGGUCAGUGCUCCUGCGGACAGGCGAUUGACGACAUGACGGUGCCUCAUCACGCGGUUCGGUGCCCGCGUUACGGGGUCGCCACUACCAUCCACGACACGGUGAAGUACAUGCUUCGAGACUUUGCGGUCGAGGCGGGCUUCGCGGUAAAGGUGGAGGACUCUACGCUGUUCACACAGUUGGAGGCGGCUCGAGCGAGACUACUGGGACAGCCAGUGGUGGGAGAGGGGACACGGGCUGAGGGACCGGGGGAGCGGAGAGGCGAGGCGGGACAGCCGGGUGGCGGGGGACAGUGGGGACGGCACCAGCUGCGGGGUCAGGUGGAGCGAGGGACAGGUGGGCAGAGGGGACGGCAGGGGGAGCAGACGGGCCAGGACGGGGAGGGGGGACGGCACAGGCAGCAGCAGGAGAGCCAGUGGAGGCCGCGGGCCCAGGGCGCCGCGCCUCCAGGUUCGGCCUCGGGGGCGGGGCAGGGGCGGGAGCAGCAGAGAGCGGACGGAGGUACAGGAGGGGCAGCGGGAUUGGGAGGGGAGGGCCAGGGAGUGAGAGAGGCAGCAGGGGAUGGAGCAGGGGGGUCGGGAGGUUUGGGGGAGGGUAGGGAGGGGGAGGGGAGAGGACAGGUGGAUGGAGGAGAGGAGAGGGGGAGAGAGACGAUCGGAGAGGGGGCACCAAGGGACCAGACAGGGCAGCAGCCAGCGCAACAGCAGGGACCAGUCGGACGCACAGGCCGUGUAGGCACCGCCUCCCGCAUUCCAGACCUCACCUGCCGCGACGUUGGCCAGGGUCUGAUGGUUCUUGUGGAUGUCUCCAUAGCGGAUCCACAGCGGGAGGGGAACGUGCAGCUGAGACGGGCGACCCCCACACAGAUUGGAGUGGCAGCAGCUAGGCGGGUGCAGGAGAAGCUGCGUCACUGGGGGCCGCACUUAGAGGGGCUGCAGCCGGCACCACACUUUUACGCGUGCGUGGCGGAGACCUUUGGCCUUCUGAGUGAGCCGCUGCGUCAGUUUCUGGGGCUCUGCGCAAAGAGGAUAGCACAGCGGAGGAGGGAUAGAGGUGGGGGGGAUGACGGAUCGGCACGGAUAUUUGAGGCAGGACUCACUACACGCCUCUCCGUUGCACUGCAGCGCGCGCAGGCUCAAUGCAUGAUCCAGCAUGCGUCACACCCCCUGCCCCCUCAUGCCAUCCGCUCCCCCCGCCCCUACCCUCCGCGUGCCCGCUCCCUUGCCGCCUCUUUUGACCCUCCCUGCCCCCCUCGCCGUUUCCCACCGCCCGCCAUUCGCUCCUCCCCGCCCGUGCGCUCCCCUCGUUUACCUUCUCCUCCCCCCUCCCCUCCUCUGCUGCACGCCUCUUCCUUCCCCUCGCCGACCCACUCCACUCCCUGCCCCUCCUCAAUCCGCACCCUGCCCCUCGUAUCUCGCCCCCCUAUGCUUGCUUCUCCCCUCCCUGCCCCUCCCUCCUCCCCGCCCUGCCCCUCGUUUUCCGCCCCCCCACGCCCGGUUUCUCCCCUCCCCGCGCCUCCCUUUCUUUCUCCGUGCCUCUCCUCUGCUCCCUCCCUGCCCCCGCCUGCCCAUGCCCCUGUCUUUGGCUUCUCCCCUCCCUGCCCCACGUUUCUUCCCUCCCUGCCCACCCCCUCUGCCCCUCCCUUGUUUUCCCCUCACCCAUUGCUUCUCCCCUCCCUGCCCUUGAUUUCCCGCACCCCUGCCCUUGUUUCCUACCAUCCAUGCCCCUCGUUUCCCCCCCUUUGUACGUUCAGCCUCUUCCCUCCCUGCCCCUCCCUUCCUCCCCCCCUGCCCUUUGCUCUCCCCUCGUUACGCUCCCUUCUCCCCAUCCCUGCUGCCCUCUUACCACCAUCAGCCCAUCCCCACCACCAGCCCCCCUCCCACCCUUCUCUCCCCCCCUCCCUUUCCCUCUCUCUCUUUCUCACACACACACACGCACACUCCCCUCCCCCACCCCCCCACCCACAUCCUCCCAUUCUGCCCCUCCCUGCCCCUUUCCCACCCCCUCGCACGCCCCUCACCUCCCACCUCCGUGCAACUGGUUUCCCCCCCCUAUGGUGCCUCCCUUGCAUCGCUCGCCCCUCUGCUCACCCUCUGCCCGCCCCUUUUCCGUGCCCUCAGCUGGCCCAGCCCCUGCCCGUUGCUGCCCCUCCCCUUGCCCCCUCAACUCCCCUGCCCCCCGUACACCCCAGUCCCAUCCAACCGCCCCCACCCUCCCCCGGCUGCCCGUUUCCGCUCUCCACCCCCGCGACCGUGUGCGGCUUCCAACCGCCCAACGGUGGUGCGCACGGGGCCAUUACCGCCCCUCUCCCCUUAUCCCCCACCACGCCCCCAAGCAGGCCUUUCUCCCCCCAGCCUCCCGUCUCCCUGCCCUUAGUACCGCCGCGCUCUGCCCGUGCGUCACCCUUGCCCACUUCAUACCACCUCCCCCUUCUCCCCCCCCCCCGGCUUCUCCCUAUCAUCACCCGCAUGUUCCCCCACUCCCCUGUCCACAACGUCCCUCCACCCCCCUUCCUGCUUUCCCCACUCCCACUCUGCCCCCCACACCUCUACGAGCCGUACUUCCCCCUCCAGCCUCCCUUUCCCCCCCAGCUACUUCCGCAUCCAGCGUGGGCUGCACCUCUGCAUCCCGCCCUGCCAGGCCCUUCGGUGACCCAACUGCCGCCACCUGGCACCACGCCGCCUUUCCCACCCCCAUCCAAUCUCUACACCCCCUGCCCCUGCUCCCUGCGCAAUCCAGCCACCUACCCCAGCCUCCCUCUACCUCUCCCUAACUCCACACCGCCGUUCCUACCCCCAGCCAAGGUCUACACCCCUUGCUUUUGCUCCCUGGGCUGUGCCGUCCCCAACCUCCCUCCGCCUUUCCGCGGCACCAGACCGCCUCUCCCUCCCCCAGCCAACUUUUGCACCCCCUGUUCCUGCCCCUUGUGCCCUCCAACACCCUACCUCAACCCCCCCCAGUCUCCCCCUUCUCCAACACCCUCCAUAUUUCCUCCCCCCUGGGGCUCGCCCAUCCGCAGCUAUCACCCUUCAUCGAUUCCCCAAUUCCCUCUGUCCCCUGUUUCCCGGCCCCGCAUCCUAUCCUGCAUUUACCACAGCACCUCCUUUCGGUGCCCUCUCUGCCCUCCCACGUUCUCACCCCCCGCCUCCCAACCUUCUCAUUACCCGCUACCAGGCUCACGCCAACUCGACUACCCACUACCCUUUGCCCCUUCCUCUCUGUUCCCCACCCUUCCUUUCCCACCUGGCUCCACCUGCCCACCCCCACCUCCCGUGGAAUUCUGCCCUGCCCUCCCCACCUCUGGCCCACCACCUGUCCCCACACCCUGCUCACCCACCGCUACACCACCCCCGCCCCCCCACCUCCACUACAGCCCGCCAACACUUCCCCUCUCAAUCGGCCCCCAGCCCGCCCCCCCCUUGGGCCCCAAUCCCCUCCAACUGUCAGGCCCCCUCUACCCUCUCUUCCACCCACUGCGCACCGCUUUCCCCACCCUUUUCCCCUUUCCCCAAGCUAACCCCCCGCACCCCGGCCUCUGCCAGGGAGUUCCUUCCCCCUUUGACGCCCUCUUGAGCCAACCCCAGCAACUCACACCGCCACCGCCAGGCAUGCUGCCUCUAGCCAGGGGGGAACUUGCAGCUGACACUGCACGGGAAGGGGUAAGUGAGUUUGUGUGUGAAGGAGCAGCAGAGGCUACAGAGGAUGGGGCAGCAAAGGCUGCACGGGAAGGGGCAAUGGGGGUUGUGGGGGAAGGGGCAGCAGAGGCUGCAGAGGAAAGGGCAGCAGAGGCUGCAAGGGAAGGGGCAGCAGCGGCUGCACGGGAAAGGGCGGCAGGGGCUGCACGGGAAGGGGCGGCAGGGACCGUGACUCUGGCCAGGCAAAGGGCAGAGGCCAUGGAGACAGGUUUUGCAGGAGUAGGGGCCACGGAACCUGCUGCUGUGUCGGCUGGGGGAACCGCAGCAGAGGAGGCUAUAGGGACCGCACCAGUCGAGGCUGCAAGGACUGCAGCAGGAGCGACAGAGGCCACAGCGGGGGCUGGUAUAGGGGGAGGUGCUACGGGUGCAGCGGGGAAGGGGGUAACGGGGACUGGUGCGAGGGAGAGUGCCGCCCCGGCUGUAGCAAGAGAGGGUACGGCAGGGGCCUCAAAGGCAGAAGGUGAGGCUGCAGCUGAAGCAGCAGGGAGGGCCAUAGCACGGCCAGUAGGGGCGGCAGGGGCCGCAGCAAACUCGGGGAAACACACAGCAGGGCCGGCAGGGCCGGCAGAGACUGCAAAAGGGGCUAGCAGUAAAGCGGCAGCAGGCGGGGUGGGCUUGGGGGACAUAGGGGCAACAGGGGAAGGAGAGGGGAGGGUGGUCCCGACCGGGGUGGGCACUGAAGAGGGGGAUGUGAUAGCGAUAGAGGAGGAUGAGGGAGAGGAUGUGAUGCACAUUGACGGGCCACUGGCCCAAUACCUCACGCUUGACGGUGAGGCCGACCCGGCCCCCCUGCAGCCUCACGUCGAGGUUCCCCCUCUACCCCCCAUGCCCGUCCCCAUGCUAGCAGAAGGACCGAUGGAGGGGCUGGGGGAGACCUUGAGGACAGAGCCGCGCGAGGGAGCCCCCAUCCUCACCUCCCGUCCUCCAGCCCACCAGCCCCCAGGAGCACCACUUCCCCACCCCCACCCUCAGGUCCCGGUAGUGUCCAGGGGGGCAGCCAAGGCCCUGGCCUUCUUGGCGGAGCCGUGCUCCCCGACCCCCACGCUGCUCCAUGGCCAGCCCCCCUCUCCGUCCCCAACGCCUGACCCCACGGUUGCAGGCGGUCCACCGGGAGAGCACGCGGGUGCGACAAGAGCAGAGUCACCCGAGGGCACCCCUUCUCUCACCUCUCACCCCUCCCCGCCCCUUCCCUCACUCCUUCCUUCACCCCCAAGGGCAGCACACCUCUGCCCCCACCCUCAGGGGCUCCUUAGAGCACCACGUGGAGCAGCCAGGGCUCUGGUCUUCCUAGAGGAGCCAUGCUCCCCGACUCCUACCAACACCCAGCCACCCCUUACCGGCCCACUACCCCCUCCUCCACCAGGCCCCCCCCCACCCGGUAGUACACACAUCUCGGAGGUUGAAGCAUCUCUGCGGCCAAAUCCCUCUCCCACACGCUACAGGCACCCAAACCACCCGAGUCGCCGCACAGCCCCAACACGCCCACCCAACAGGCUGCCCUCCCCACACCACCCCCCCCAGGCAGCCGAGACCCACCCGCAAGGGCUUGCGCCCCAGGCUCAUGGGAGCGGCGGCACCCGGGUAGAGGGGCCCACAGGAGAGGCCACCACAGAGCCCACACAAAUCUCUCUCCCCCCACCGUUUGUACCUCGCUCUAACCUCCACACUGGCCCAGCCCCUCGACCCCCACCUCCAACCCCCUCUCCCGGCCGGGUUCCCCACGAGUGGCCCCGUUGGGCAGCCAUCACCCCCCACACACAGCUUGCCCGAUCUGUUCCCACGGAGGGGGAUGUUUCGAGGAGAGUGGGGAUGCACACAGAGCACCCCCUGCCUGGCGAACCACCCAUCCUCCCUCCACCCACCCCUUUGGCCCCACAGCCCCCCCUUCCUUCACAAACAGGCGCGGACAACCAGGUUGGCCGCCGGCGGAAGAACAGGGGCAGAGGAGGCAGAGGGUCAGCCCACGUACUCCCCCCUCCCUCCCUCCCCCACCAAGAGCCCCUCCCCACCUCACAUCCCGUUGAACAAUUACCAGGCCCUACCUCUACAGCCCGUCCACCAAACCUACACUCCCGCCCCGCUCCUGCACCUCCACAGGGCCAUGGGAGCGGACCAGCCCACUCACCCCCAUUCUGCCCCUCCCGUGCUGUGUCCCCCUCCCAGGUGGCGGCGGCCGCGAUCGCUACUGGGAGGGGGGCCGUCGGGUUGAGGGAUGCGCCCAUGGCAGACGCCACCGACUCCCCCUCCCAUCCCUCCCACCCCUUCCAUGUCGACGACCCCCUACCGCAACCCAUGGUGAUUGGGGAGGGCCAAGGGGGCCUUCUAGGGCAGGGUCCACACCCGAGCUCCGCUCAGCCAGCACGCCCCACUCCACCCUCUACCCUGCCAGCCCUCCUACUCUCACCUACAGGCAGGCAGGUCUUCGAGACCCCAGAGGAGGUGAGGGCUGGCAUUUCAGAUUUGCUGGCGAUACACCGCCUGAGCAGCUCUCCGGCUGCCCCCACCCUUCCAGUCCCACAGGACCGGACCCGGACGUAUGCGGAGGUCACCCGGUCUGUCCCUUCUUUUAUCCCCCCCGCCACUCAGCCAGGCGCGUCACUCCCGACCCCAAUGGAGACGGACCGGGGUCUGAGGCCGUGUCACUCGCACCUAGACGGGGUGGCGCCUCCCCCCGUUCAGCCCGUGGCGCAGGAGGUCACCAGCAGUAGGGAUGAGGCAUCCGCCCCUACCGAGACCCCUCCGCCUGGGGUAGCAGAGCCGUCACUUGAACCGCACCCCGCCGAGGGGCAGGAGCACACCACGGCACACACUUCAGGCUCACCUCCACGUCCCCCCUCCCCAGCUUCAACACCGGUGCCGGCACGAGGCCCGGCCCUAUCCUGUGCGACACCACCUCUAUCUUCGCUGACACCCCCCCCGCGCGGGGCUGGUGAGUCGUCUCCUCCCCUCAUCCCAGGCGAUCCUGUCGGAGCUCAGGCCGCCCACGGGGUCCCCUCUACAGCCAGUUCCGACGCCACGGCCCCGAUUGACCCCGCCGACACGGCGACAUCACCCGACCAGGUCGUGAGUUGCCCCACCUGCAGGAGCUCUCUCGCGAACCGACGCGCGCUCCAGCACCACAUUCCCUUCUGCCAUCCUGCGGACGCGGCUCGCAGGGCGCAGGCUGCCCAUGAUACCGCCUCGAUCAUCCCUUCCCUCUCACAGCCCCGUGCGACCGGGAUGCAGUUCACCGACGCACAGUGGCAGACGCUCGACUCGGUGGACUGGACAGAGUACUUCUCGCCCGAGCGUAUCCAUACACGCCCUCUCCGACGUGUCCCGGAGAGGGUCCGCGGAGGAUAUCUUGACGUCCUCAGUGCGAUCCUAGUCCGCAUUGCCCAGGACCCGGAGGCUGCUGGCCCUACCUUCCUCCUCGCUGCAGCGCCGACUCUUUUCCUUGUUCCAGCGACGCCACCCGACCGCUCGCACACGGCUGCCAUUGCAACGCGCAUCUCUCGCUUUGGUCGAGGUGAGUGGGCUGAGCUAGUCUCAGAUGCACUAGGCCGUCGCACACCCCUUCCUCGCCGCACAGGUCACCGGUCACGCACCGCCACCGAUCCCUCUGCAGCAGAUGAGCGCCGCAUUGCACGUUGCCUUCGUCUGGCAGCGUGCAAUGAGACCUCACGGGCGUGCGCGGCUCUCGAGUCCGCGGAGGCAGCCCCAGAUACACAGGGGACGAUACAGCGCCUGCAGUCGAAGCACCCCAACGCGGAGAGGCCGACCCCAGCUUGGCUGUCUGGCUUCCAGGGGUCCCCUCUCGUGCUCUCGGUGGAUCACUUACGCCGCGCGAUUUUCACAGCUCCGCGGGGCUCUUCGGGAGGACCGUCCGGUUGGGUCGCUGAGCACCUGCGAGACACUUUCCUAGCUUUCCCUCAGAGUCUCCAUUUCCUCCUGGCCGUGUACCAGCAGUGGCUCCGAGGCCGUUGCGCUCCAGCUGCGCGCUCCUUGCUAGCGUCCUCCACCCUCGUGGCUCUGGCGAAGUCGAACAUGGAUGUUCGGCCGAUUGCCAUCGGCGAGGUUUUGGUCCGCAUUCUUUCUCGGGCAGUUUGUCUCCAGCUACGUGACCAGAUGGCGAGGGUCUUCUUGGCAUCACAGCAGUUUGGGGUGGGGGUUACGUGCGGGACAGAGGUCGUAGUUAGAGGCGUCCGCCGCGCUCUGGCUGACCACCCAGACUGGGUGGUCCUGCAGCUAGACGUGGCGAAUGCCUUUAACUCUUUCCACCGAGACAGGAUGUUUCAGGCGCUGCAGGCCAGUCCGGAGUUUCAGUGUCUGAUCCCCUUCAUCGGCCUCUUCUACGGGACGCCCUCGGAUCUCCACUACAGGUCAGGCACGGGAGUGGUCACGAUGCACUCGGAGCGGGGCACUCGCCAGGGAGACCCUCUCAGCCCCUUCUUGUACGCUCUGACACAGCGUCUUGCUUUGGAGCCGGUUCUGGCGGAGGGGGAUGUCCAGCUCUGGUCGUACGCCGAUGACACGUACGUGCUAGGUCCCCCAGACAGGGUGCUGCACCAUUUUGCCGAGAUCGUGAGGCGCUUGGGCGAGAUGGGCCUUGCAGCCCAGCCGCACAAGUGCCUCGUCUACCAGACAGAGUCCUUUCUGUCCAGGGAUCUGGAGGCUUUCACGGGCCUAGGGAUCGAGGUCGCACGCCGAGGGCUCACCGUGACAGGCGUACCGGUAGGCACCGUUUCGUUCGUGGAGCAGAGUCUCCCGGAUCGUCUCGAGAGGAUGGGGCGGGUGCUACCUUGGCUUCCGAGGUUGCGCCAGCCCCAGACAGCUGCCCGCCUUCUUUCGGCGUGUGUCAGCACUCGUCCGCAGUACCUGUCGAGGACCGUCCCUCCUUCGCCCGCAGUGAUCUCCAGUUUUACACGGUGGGACGCACGCCUGGGAGAGACUUUUCAGCAGCUUUUAGCUUCAGGGACCUGGGCUUGUCGCGAGGACGUCCGAGAGGCCGCCCUAGACCAGAUCUUCCUCCCCAUCCGUCUCGGGGGUUUCGGCAUUCGUCGCAUGGCGCGCAUGGCCCCGGUGAGUUUCGUGUGCUCCUGGGUGCAGUGUGCACCCAUUCUCUGUUCUCUCCCUGCGUGUGGCGAGGUGUUUCGGCAGAGCUUCGCUUCAGGUGAGCCAGAGCAGAUCGACCGGGCUCUGCAGACGGCGCUAGAGGGUCUCCCUCCUGACGUUCUCUCUCUCCUUCCCCCCUGGCCCUCUUGCGCUUCUGCCUCCCCCGAUUCCCUUUUUGCAGGAGCGAGCCGUCUUCUGGAGGCGCAUGCCUUGGAGGCCGUGCGUGCCCGUCACACCUCUCCCUUGCACCUUGCCCGUUUGACUUCCCUUCAGGGCGGAGGUGCAGGAGCGUGGUUGACGUCGGUGCCGUACGCCGACCCACUGCGCAUCCCGGAGGCGCUGUGGCAGGCGGCUUCAUCUUCUCGUCUUGGUCUCCCUAUCCCCCAGUUAGCCCUUGCAGGUCAGUGCUCCUGCGGACAGGCGAUUGACGACAUGACGGUGCCUCAUCACGCGGUUCGGUGCCCGCGUUACGGGGUCGCCACUACCAUCCACGACACGGUGAAGUACAUGCUUCGAGACUUUGCGGUCGAGGCGGGCUUCGCGGUAAAGGUGGAGGACUCUACGCUGUUCACACAGUUGGAGGCGGCUCGAGCGAGACUACUGGGACAGCCAGUGGUGGGAGAGGGGACACGGGCUGAGGGACCGGGGGAGCGGAGAGGCGAGGCGGGACAGCCGGGUGGCGGGGGACAGUGGGGACGGCACCAGCUGCGGGGUCAGGUGGAGCGAGGGACAGGUGGGCAGAGGGGACGGCAGGGGGAGCAGACGGGCCAGGACGGGGAGGGGGGACGGCACAGGCAGCAGCAGGAGAGCCAGUGGAGGCCGCGGGCCCAGGGCGCCGCGCCUCCAGGUUCGGCCUCGGGGGCGGGGCAGGGGCGGGAGCAGCAGAGAGCGGACGGAGGUACAGGAGGGGCAGCGGGAUUGGGAGGGGAGGGCCAGGGAGUGAGAGAGGCAGCAGGGGAUGGAGCAGGGGGGUCGGGAGGUUUGGGGGAGGGUAGGGAGGGGGAGGGGAGAGGACAGGUGGAUGGAGGAGAGGAGAGGGGGAGAGAGACGAUCGGAGAGGGGGCACCAAGGGACCAGACAGGGCAGCAGCCAGCGCAACAGCAGGGACCAGUCGGACGCACAGGCCGUGUAGGCACCGCCUCCCGCAUUCCAGACCUCACCUGCCGCGACGUUGGCCAGGGUCUGAUGGUUCUUGUGGAUGUCUCCAUAGCGGAUCCACAGCGGGAGGGGAACGUGCAGCUGAGACGGGCGACCCCCACACAGAUUGGAGUGGCAGCAGCUAGGCGGGUGCAGGAGAAGCUGCGUCACUGGGGGCCGCACUUAGAGGGGCUGCAGCCGGCACCACACUUUUACGCGUGCGUGGCGGAGACCUUUGGCCUUCUGAGUGAGCCGCUGCGUCAGUUUCUGGGGCUCUGCGCAAAGAGGAUAGCACAGCGGAGGAGGGAUAGAGGUGGGGGGGAUGACGGAUCGGCACGGAUAUUUGAGGCAGGACUCACUACACGCCUCUCCGUUGCACUGCAGCGCGCGCAGGCUCAAUGCAUGAUCCAGCAUGCG